GAAAGCGAGAAUUGAGCGGUGACGUGACGCCCAUUGCAUCAACUGUAUCACAUGGUGCCUUCGCUCUUCUGCGAUCAACACUGCGGACGGGCUGCUUCCGCGGUGCUACUCACUCUUUUUGUGAUGUACUCGCUGCAGGGGGGGGCAGAAAGGGAGCCACCGGCCGAUCCCGUACAGGAGCGGCUCGCCGGAGAUUGGACCCAAGACUAAAAGCCAGGAGUUUAUUUUGGUCUGCUUGCUGCAAAGAAUCAACACAUGAUCCAUGAUUCUCAUCCACUGUGAAGACUUCUGAGACAAUGGGGAGAUUGUACACACCUAAUCGGUCGGUGUUGAGGAGGAGCGUCUUUCUCCUGGUUGGGCCUCUGCUUUGGUCACAGCAUGCCAGCGGACAGUUCAUAGGAGGCCCGCUGGACUGCCAAAAGACGUGCGUGUGCGCCAGCAGCAUCAUCAGCUGUUCCAAAGGGAAUCUUACCAACCCCCCCACCCCUCUUCCGAAGUACACAUCGGUGCUGGACCUCAGUUUCAACUCCAUCAGCAGACUGCGAGCAGAGUGGACACCCAUCGUGCUGAGUCGACUCCAUACGCUGCUGCUGAGCCACAACGGGCUCUUCUUCCUGUCCUCGGAGGCGUUUGCGCACGUGACGAGGCUGCGUUACCUGGACUUGUCUUCCAACCGGCUCCGCCAGCUGGAUGAGUACAUGUUCGAGCCGCUGGAGAACUUGGAGGUACUCCUGCUUUAUAAGAACAGCAUUUCGCAGAUCGAUCGCUCCGCCGCUUUCUCGGGGCUGGUCAACCUGCAGAAGCUCUACCUGAGUCACAAUUUGAUCUCGCGCUUCCCCUUGGAGCUGGUGAAGGACCGAAGCCGCAUCGAGACGCUCACGCUGCUGGAUGUCUCCUCCAACCGGAUCAAAGCGCUGACGUUUCAUGAGCUUCAAGCUCUGCCCGCGUGGAUCAAAAACGGUUUGUACUUCCACAACAACCCCCUGCCGUGCAGCUGUGAUCUUUUCAACGUGGUUGCGCGCUGGCACCUCAAAGAUCUUAGCUCAGUGGUGGACUUUAAGGAUGAGCACACUUGCAUCCUCGCCGGUCAACCGAAACGAAAAGUGGUCACCCUUGAACUGGAUAAAGCUUAUUUGAACUGCAGCGAGGUCAAGAUAAUGGACAGGGAAGCCUACCUGGAGCAGUUUGUGGUGCUGGACUGCGACACCAAGCAGAGAGACAUGGUGAAGACCUGGACCCUGCCAGGAAACAUCCCGAUGUCUCCGGCAAACAAAAGCGCAAUAAUACUCCCAGAUGGAAACCUUCAGCUCGGACCUUUAAAGGAGGAUGACUCCGGCGUGUACACCUGCCACGCCACCGCAGACACCCUAAACCAGACACUCUGCUUCACCCUCGUGGUCUUUAACAGCACCACAAAUGCCAACUCGGAGAACCUGAAGACGGCGUACACCACGCUCAUAGCGUGCCUGAUCAGCAUCGUGAUGGUUUUCGUCUACCUCUACCUCACACCUUGCCGCUGCGCCUGCUGUCCGAGUCAAGAUCCGGAGAAGGACGACCCAUUGGGCAGCCUCCACUCCUCCACCGUCAGCGACACCCAAAACUACCAAGAGACUGAAUCCGAAAAAGGGAACGAGGGCGGCAGAGACUUCGCCUACGACACCAAAGACCCGUUGGAGCAGAACGGGAGGUUGAACCCAAAAGGCGAAGAGGAAUGGAAGGGGGCAAACAAGAAAAGAAAGGCGUCGAUCAGCUCUGUGAGCUCAGACACCCCCAUGAUGGUGUAAAGGUCGUUUGGGGAGGGGGGGGUGGGGGGGUAGUGCAGAAAAACCACUGUGCAUGCCUUUGAUGCAAGAUUCCAAAUGACUCAACAUGGAAGUGCUUUGACUUGAUCCGUUUGUUGAGAGUCCGAAAGUGACGCUACUGUACAGCCUAUUCCAGUCAAUGUGUACAAGCUUCCUACACUGAACUGUUGAUGACAUCCAGGAAGCUUUCUUUGCUCAGAGGACAUAAAUGAAAGGACCUGAAAGGUUCUGGGCAUUAAUGCCCCAACCCUGAGUAGACCAGACCGCCACAAUAACAUUGGUGCGGUCAACAUACAAGUAGCAACGCUCACACCAAGACACCAUUAGAGCAGACAACAGAUCGGUGAAAACUGACAGUUACAGAUGCAUAGAAAUAAGGUCCAAAAAUAUUUCACAUAUGCCAGAAAAAAAAAGUUGUAGCAUUGAAUGAGCUUUUUUUUUUUUUUUUUUUUGCCUUACUUGCACUUGCCACUAGGACCACACUGAAAAGGAAAAAAAAAAACAUUCUCAGAAUAAAAUAAAUAUAACGAUGGUGACAGUGGCAUGCUCAUCUCAGACUGUGUUUAGCGUUUUGUUCAUUUUCCUUACGACAACAUAAUUUCACCAUAUUACAACUUAGGUAUUUUUAUUCAGUGUGGCCCUUUAAUACUCUCAUGUAGCAUUUCAACCCUGAAGGUGCUUCCCAUCGACACGCCUAAGCACGAAGAAGACAUUCUGAAUAUGCAGCAUCAUAUUAAAGGUCGAACAAUUCUACUGAAUGUAUAUGUCGUGUUAGAAUUACAUGUUUUAGUGUGAACAACAUUCGUCAAUAUUACAAGACAAACAGAGAACGUGAAUAAUGUAACUUAGCCAAAAGUCUGUAUUACAAUCCUGAGAAUACCUUACGAGUUUGAGUACAGCCAUGAAAUGCUAUCCACUGAAAAGAUGACAUCAUCAGCUCACUUUAAUGCUGAUUUAAUGCCCGCGAUAUUAUGCGACCUUGUGGCGAAGGCUAGAGGUUCUACGGCGGCUCGUAUAAAUAGAAGCAGUGGCAGGGGGGGAGGGAGGGGGUGGCAGGCUUGGCAAGGAGCACAUCGAAUAUUUAGGAGGUCACUGGCAAUAUUCUUGUCGAAGAGCUGCUCAGCACUGUGGUGGUUUAACUCGGGAACAUUAUUGCUGUUCACUCCCACUGAUCACUUCAGACCUACUCCAAUGUUCAUUCUCUUCUCUACCUUACAACAGCGGCGUCAUCAUGGAGGACGAUUCCCUGCUAUUUUAGAUGAAGGGAAAAAGAACUGGAAGAAACAUUUAUUGCUUUGGCCGCCUUUGAAGGUUUAUGUGAACAAAACUACAGUAUCAAUGUAAGACUGCAGUUCUGUAAAGUAACAUUUGUGUCUUUUGGAUGUGUACUGUACUAUUUAAAUGGACAAAAAGGCAUCUUAGUUUAUUUAGCUUGAGACCUGAAUUAAAAAUGCGGUUCCUACUCUUACCAUGUUAAACUUACUAAAAUAUAUCCUGAACAAACAUUACGUUGUCAUUGAGAAUCUGACUCCUUUCAAUUGAGCAAAACAUCUCUUGAAAAUGGUCACGCAUCACUACACGGAAUGUCCUUUUCUGUUCCAGUUUGACUGUGCCGCAGUGUAUGAAGCAAAGUCCAUUGAAACGUUAUAAACUUGAUGUAUGAAAAACCCAAUAAACACCUUUCAGAGUCAA